UUUUUAGAAAAUUUUUUUAGUGAUUUUCCAAUGAAAUUUUUAUUUAUUCUUUUAUUUUUACUUUCAAUUUAUUUUGUUAUUGCUCAUGAUCACCAUCAUUCACAUUCCCAUCAUCACCACCACGACCAUGACAAUGAACCCCCACAUUUGAAAUAUACAAGAGAAUUGAAUGAAGAGACAAUUCGCGAAUCUUUGGAAGAAGAACAUCAUCACGGACAUUCGCAUGAUGGACAUGAAGGCUGUCCACAUGCCAAACAAAAUCAACAUAAACGAAUGGCUAGUACUUUACCUAAAAUUCCAAAAAUGACUAAAAAAGAAGAAGAACGACCUUACCACGAAAACAGCUGGUUUGCUUUUCUAAACAAUCCACAAAUUCGUUUAUGGACAUAUUCAAUUGGUUCAACUUUACUUAUAAGUGCUUUUCCAUGUUUUAUUCUUGCAUUUAUUCCAAUUAAUUCAAAUGCAAAUGAAGAAUCGCCACUUUUACGUACAUUAUUAGCUUUUGGUGCUGGAGGUUUACUUGGCGAUGCUUUUCUUCAUUUAAUUCCGCAUGCAAUGCCUUCAGGUGGACAUAGUCAUUCACAUUCUCAUUCACACAAAGGAGGGCAUGACGAGGAACAUGAGCCACAUGAUUUGUCUGUUGGAACUUGGGUACUUGUUGGUUUUAUGACAUUUUUUAUUGUUGAAAAAAUUGUUAGACUUUUGCGUGGAGAGGAAUCGUCGUCACAUGGGCAUUCACAUGGAAUAAAAUUAUCGGAAAAUGCAAAGAAUUCUGAUGAUGAAGAAGAACAUGAAGAGGAUGAAAAGGUAUCCAAAUCUACAUCUUCGAAAACACCAAAUAUUCGUGUAGCAGCAUAUUUGAAUUUAGUUGCCGAUUUUAUGCAUAAUUUUACUGAUGGUUUAGCAAUUGGUGCUUCUUUUAUUGCAGGGACUACAAUUGGAAUUGUAACAAUGGUAACUGUUUUGGUUCACGAAAUUCCACACGAAAUUGGUGAUUUUGCAAUUUUAGUCCAAGCAGGAUUUUCAAAGAAAAAGGCAAUGUUAAUACAGUUAUACACUGCUUUUGGUGCAAUAGCUGGUUGUGCUAUUGCAAUUUGGGAUGUGGAUGCUGCUAAUAUUGCAGAAGCUGUUGAACAAAGUUGGGCAUUACCAUUUACGGCUGGCGGUUUUAUUUAUAUUGGAACGGUUUCAAUGAUCCCAGAACUUUUGGAAAAUUCUACAAUGUGUCAAAGCAUAAAAGAACUUGUGGCAUUCCUUCUUGGACUUUUCAUGAUGUAUUUAAUUGCGUUUUUUGAAUAG